UUGACAGAUCUUGUUUAAUGCAUAUUACAGCCUUACAAAGUGUAACUGUACAGUCUUACACAGAGUACAGUUACAAUAUUAUUAUUUUGUAAAAGUUGAUAAUUAAUUCGACCUCUACAAUUUUCAAUGGAUUUUCCUUUAUAUCGUAAAAUCGGGGAGCUCUUUGCAACGAUACCUCGAUUUUACGGUACAUUUUCUUUCUCCCGUGGCGUGUCGCAAAAUCCAGGGUUCACUGUAUUAGGGAAAUCAAAUCGAGGUCUUACCCCAUAUGCUUUACUGCUGGAUAAAGCAGCGAUACUGGUUUUUAAGACUUAUGCAAGUCGCGUGGAGUUCAAGUCUAAAGGCACGACCUCGUUCUUUAUAUCAGAGUGUGGUGACGCAUUUCCGCGUCAGGUAGACGGAACUCAAAUGCAAUUUUAAGAAUAUAUAAGAGGGAGCGCAGUCUAUCUUAUAACGACACAAAGUGCAAAGAAGCAACAAGAAGAAGCAACAAGAAGAAGCAACAACAAGUUUUCAGCAUGCGCGUCGUAGCGCUCCUUGUGUUAUUACUGGCAGCAAUAUGUCUUAGGACAGAAAGUGCGCCCUCCUUUCAAGGAAUUUACACCGGACUGGAAGGGAUGAGACGAGCGGAAUGUCAUCGUUUAAGAAAUUCAGGAAGAAAUGAGCAGUUCCCAUACUACUGCAAAGUCGGCCGCGUGUCAGUCAUAGGUGUGAUCCAAGGCUCGAGGUCUUACUCUAUCUCAUCGAACCAGCUCAUGUUCUCGGGCCCAGUCUCGCGCAUGGAUGAUGUGACAUUUAUAACGGAACAGGAUGGAGACGGGAGAAUUCUGGCCAAGUUCAACGGUGCCAUACUGACGUGUAAUGGCUUCUCUGCCAUGAAGAGGAAAUCGUGUGUGAUCCCACGUGGGAUGCGACCCUGGUCCGGCAGAAUCACAGUCGAGGUGUUUGGAUCUGGUGGAUAUAAUCCUUCAACCGGGCUAACCAUGAGUGGGGAGCCUUACUGCCCUACGGCUGGAUUUGAAGGCGAUAACUGUGAUCAAGAUGUCGACGAAUGCCUCAAGUACCAGGACAAGGACAAACAGCUCUGCGCAUGGAAGCCUGGCUGCGUCAACACAAUUGGGAGCUUCAUUUGCAAGUGCCCACCUGGGUAUACUAUCUCCGCAAACGACUUCAGGCUCUGUGAUAAAGACAUCCCGAAGAUCUCGAGUCCCGCGAGUACAAUCACUGUGAACUUCAUGCAGACAGCGAGCCUCCCGUGCAGACACUCGGCGACCGGUCCCGUCAUCGUCAAAUGGCAAAUUGGCAACAGUAUCAUCGCCGUGAAACAACCCAACGGUGCUAAACAGACUAUCGACUCGACACGCCUCAUCCUGCACGACAGCGGAGACCUGGAGCUGAGACGCGUCGCUUAUGGGGACGCGGGGAAAUUCAUUUGUGUCGUGCAGAAUGCGGCGUUUGGCGCUUACGUCGUGCAUACCCUCGACGUCGAAUCGGCCCCCUUGAUGGACGCGCAAUUUUGGGUCAGUGGUAAUUACACCGAACGACAUGCGUAUAGCACCGGUGAUAACGUCACCAUGGAUUGUCACGUGAUUGCCAUGCCUGAGCCAGCGAUAUCGUGGUACAAGGGUCAGCAGCAGGUCCAAACUGCUGGUAACGUCAAGGUGACCCUUGGGAGCGUGCCAGAUACGCCACUCACAGCGGCCAAACAGUUGAGACUCGAGAUCAGCGGUGUUACCCAAUCUGACGCGGGCGCGUACACGUGCAAGGCCAGCAACAAACACGGCGCCAACACCCAUAACCUAGCCCUUGCGGUUACAUAGACGACAUAGUGAAUUUGUGGGUUACAUUCAGUCCAUAACUUAUUAUUGGCGUUUCAACAAGGCAAGCAAGGCAUGACGACCAAAACAAAAAGACAAUGAUGACCUUAUGGUCUUCUUAACAGAGACGCGUUAGAGGGUCUAUCGCAGUUGAUUCAAUACCAUGAAUUAGUUGAACACUUAAUUUACAAAUAACCUUUUAAUAAAAGCUAUUUACAAGCAUAUCAAUUAAGUAGAUCGCACCUCGGGUUAAAUUGUACCAUGCAAAAUGAACGAGCUACAUUUUCAAAUAAAUCUCGAAGCUAAAUUUAA